CCGACACCGACGACAACGAUGAGCGACUCAAUCAAAGGCCCCGCACCACCUCCUGCCACGCUCGACGGCUCGCCUCUGCGCGUCGCGAUCGUCCACUCGCGUUGGAACAAGAGCGUCAUUGACGCGCUUGUCGCCGGCACGAUCGCCAAGCUGAAGGAGACCGGCGUAAAGGAGGCGAACAUUGUGGUACAAUCUGUCCCUGGUAGCUUCGAGCUGCCUCUAGCCUGCUCGAAGAUGAUCUCUGGCUCGCAUGUCCAGGCUGGUGCAACCGCAACCGACCUCCUCGGCGGCUUGACCUCCCUCAAUCCCAACUCGCGCACCUCUACCCCUGCGCCCCAGGUCGUGACCAUGCCCCACCAGCCCUUUGACGCUAUCAUCGCGAUUGGCGUUCUCAUUAAGGGCUCGACCAUGCACUUCGAGUACAUCUGCGAGUCUGUCUCGCAUGCGCUCAUGCGCGUGCAGCUUGACACUGGUGUCCCGGUCAUCUUCGGUGUCCUCACGGCGCUCACGGACGACCAGGCGCUGGAGAGGGCUGGCAUCGGCCGCGGCGCAAGCAAGGGCCACAACCACGGCGAGGACUGGGCGCUGGCUGCGGUGGAGAUGGCUUCGCAGUCACGGAAAUGGGCGGAAGGCAAGUUCACCUGAAGGGCGGACGGUGCUGUGUGUAGGAAGGACACUUGUACGAGAAGUCAGCAACACAAACAUAAUGUAUAUCAUGGACAUUCCCAGUAUUUUGUUCGCUGCGUUGCAAGGCUCGGUGAAUAUGUAUGAAGCGGAUGCGAAUGACUCCGGAAGGGACCAGCGCUUCCCCAGAUUUACCUCAUC